CUGCCCAGGACUUUUUAUCUGUGGACCAGGAAAGAAGAAGGAGGAAGACAUACUGACAGACAAGGAGCGGGAUUGAAGAGGAACUUUUCAAGGUGGAUCCAUUGAAUUUAUGAAAGCAGUGGACAACCAGUGGACAAACAGACAAAACAGGACUGAAGAUGAAAACUGAAGAAAAGAGCUUGUUUCUGUAGGGAGGCCUGCUGUCAGCCCAGAGUGGACACUGGUUGUUGGUGACAUUCAGAGGGUCUGUGGAGAGUGCAAUUUUUCCCUCCCUUCAGGAAUCCCACCCUCUUGUCAUCCCUCCACCAGGACAUCUCCUGAUCAUCAGCAUGCCUACAGCUUGCACAAGGUGCACCUUGGGAGUCUGACCCACCAUGUGCAGAUGGACACUGUCCGUAGCCCAUCUCUGUCCUGAACCUACCCUUGGCACCACCACUGCUGCAGCCUCCGCCAGGCGACUUCUCCCCCUACCCAGUGCAGCCUCCCUUUGCUUGGCAUGCUUCACUCUGCUCCUGGUCACCGCUGGCACUGCCACAGGGGCCUGUCCUCCCGGGGUAGGGCAUGAACCCCUACAGGUUCUUGCAAGUGGCAUCAACUGUUCAUGGACAUUGGAAAGGCACACUCGCAGUUACAAUCACCUAGAGGGCGAUGUCCGACUACGGCGACUUUACUCUGCUAACAAGUUCUUCCUGUGCAUUGACAAAACAGGCAAAGUGGAUGGCACUCGUCGGAAAAACUACGCAGACAGCCUGAUGGAAAUCCGAUCUGUCAGUGUGGGAGUUGUUGCCAUCAAAUCUGUCAGCACCGGGCUGUACUUAGCUAUGUCCAAGAAAGGCACACUCUUUGGAUCGGUGAAGUACAACCCGAGCUGCAAGUUCAAGGAGCGCAUUGAAGAGAACGGCUACAACACGUAUGCCUCACUGCGGUGGAAGCAUGGCGGCAGGCAGAUGUUUGUUUCACUAAACGGCCGCGGGAAGCCACGGCGAGGUCACAAGGCUCGACGAAGACACCCAUCCACUCAUUUCCUGCCCAUGCUCCCAUCCUAGCUUCCCAAGUCUGAACUCUGAGCGGCAACUGGCUGGCUCGCCUGCCUCCUCGCAAUAGUCUUGAACUAGCUCUGAUCUUUAUUUUUAUUACUCCAUCCUCCUGUCACAUAAAUGUACAUUUGUUGAGGUCUGUAACAUUUGUAGAGUUAGAUAUGUACUUUUAAGUUAUUUUCUCCAUUUUCUAAUGAUGUUCAGCAACACAGUCCAAACCCAAUACCAUGGAAUAAUACUUUCUUCAAGAAUCUGUCUGGUUAGAGUUUUCGUCUGUGUGUCUGAAGUGGAUGUAAAGUAGUGUUUGGGUGACUUUAAGAGACUGUGAGAGGACUGAAAAGGGAUGGCAAGGCUUAGAAGCAAAACGUGGCCCACUGAUUUAUUUUUUACCCCAUUUGAGACAUUCAGCUGAAUAAGAAGGGAAAUCAGAUUAUACUUAUCAAUCUGAAAGGGAAGUAUCAUUAUGUAGCAAAAAAAAAACCUUUGCGAUAUGUAGCUACAAAUUAGGGACUUAUAACUCCUUAAAGCUAAAGCAAGGAUGGGCAAAAUGCAUUGGCACAACAGAAAUAAAAAUAUAUGUAUAUCUACCAUUGAGGACACUGGGGUCAUAUCCUUGGUGUUUUGGGGGCUUAAGCAAUGUGGAGUGGGGGGGGGGUCACACUGUACAAUUAAAAAACUAACAUAUUGUGGCUAGUUCAUGAGCUGAUUCCAGUACUUCUAAACUUAAAGGUGUCUUAUGUAAGUUUUCACUUUAGCCAAGCAUGGUUUGUUGCCAGGUGCGGGUGGGGUUGAUGGUCACUAGCCAAAAGCUUCAGCCAUCAUUGUUAACAAGCUAUAGAGAAUAAUACAUCUUCAGUUCAUGCUGCGAGGAACUGUUACAUUGGCAAGUAGCUAUGAUACAGUUAUCAAUGCUAACAUUGGCUAUACGUAACAGAAGCAAAAACUUACAUAUAGCUCCUUUAAUAUUGUACAAUUAUACUUUUAAAAUAUAUGUGGCCUAAGCACGUUAAACAUAUUUCUCAUCUUAAGCACGUUAAUCAUCACUUCACAUAGAAAAAAUCAGAUAUUGAUUCAUUUUCAGGUACGUCGCAUGUGAAAUGUUUGAUAUUAAUUGUGCACCACAGUGUCACAUAAGUUUUAUCAUAUGUAACCGUGACCGCAGUGUUUCUAAAAUCCUGUCUGUGGCCCUUCUAUAAAUAUAUACCAUUACUGUUGCUUCGGAUACCAUGACGGUACAGGUACAGAUGAGAUGAAAAAAAGUUCUGUCUGUAUAUGUCUAUGAAUACACAAGUGACAAGAACACAGCAGAAACAAAGCUAACUACUGGGAUGUUUGUGUUUGUGUGUGUUUCUGUCAGAAUGCUUCUGACAUCCAACAGCCCAAAGCUAACAGAUUAGAAAUAAGUAUCUCAACUUCUGGGUCUGAAAUAAGUAAUAUAAGUUUUGAGUCAGUUAAUGCAUUACAAAGAAUGUAGGUACAUCGGGAAUCACGACAUCAUUAAUUUUGUACACAGUUGUAAAUGGUUAUUACAUCCUGUCUGUCAAUUCUUGCUAACAUUUUCUCAACGACAAACCUGUUGCUAAUAGAGCAUUUAAUAUAUUUAAAACAUUUUGUACUCUUUAACUGUUUGAGGUUGACGUUUAUUGUUAUUGUUGACUUUUUGUGUUGGAUUGUAGUCCUACUGUUAAAAAAUAAGGGAAAAAAUAAUUGUAUUCAAGCCCAUAUUCAACUCAUUUUGUAUGGUAUAACUACUGGAUAUUUGUGAUUCAUUUAUCAUAAUCUGUUUUCUGGUUGUAGGCCAGUAAUGGCAGGUUGUAUAGAAGGCCAAAAUCCUCAGAACAAACCAACCUUUAUUUCAGCAAAGUAAAAUCAUUUGAG